AAGGGCACAGUCGGGAAAUCUACAUUCUGGACAAGGAUUCCAGAAUUCAACGGCCCUAGUAGCUAUACAACAAUACCGAGGAGGUGCGCCCCGCCAGGGGCAGGAUCGCCAGUUGCCCUCAUAGCAUAAUGCAUCCUGAGCCAUUUCCUUAUUGAUUCGUUCUAAACUCAUGUUCUGAACAUCUUGGCGAUACAUGGUUUUUUGCAUCUGUUCUAUUCCAUUGGGUGAUGCUACUGACAAGAUAUAAAAUCAUAAGCAUAGAAUGAGAACAUGUUUUUACAUUGUACUCGAUUCGAGUUUACCACCACAAAUUUUACAAACUACUCGCUGUUCUGAUAUUAUGAAAUUCUUCAUUCUUAUUCAGACAGGACCAAAUGCAAUUUUUAAUUGGGUAAAAAUUAUCAGAGAUAAUUUGUUUUGUAAGAAAGUGCAAAAAUUUGUGUAUCUCUUGAUGAAUUACAUUGAUGUUGUUUUCCAAUAGCUGGUCAUGGUUUAGUUAUGAAUUGAGAAACGUCUAGCACUGUUUAAAGGAAUAUCGGCAGGUGUAAGCUAUAGGGGUAGCGUCAGAUUACGUUUGAAUACGUGUGCGACGUCGGGCCCUGGUGGGGUAGCACAACCGCAGAGGUUCCUUGUGUAGUGGCGAGACCCACCCUAUGAUUUACAGUAUUCGCAACAAGGGAAUUUUCAACCGUCUCAAAUGUCGGGACAGAAUCAGCAGGGAACUUACAAGAAUAAUCCGGUGCAAAACUCGUCGCAGUUUAAACUUGCAAAUCCAGUACAUCAACAACAGCAACAGCAACAGCAGCAGCAGCAGCAACAACCAGCCAGAACAACGCAGGCCUCUCAGCCUCCAAAGACACAGCCAAUUACUCAGGCAUCACCUCAGCAGCAGCAGCAGCAGCAGCCUGCCACUCCGCAAACUCCACGUCUGAAGCCAAUCCUGAAACAACCAUCGUCCACUCCACCAGCAGUUACGAGUGCUCCUGUUAUCGCUAGCAGUGUACCUGCUGCACCAACGCCUGUAACUCAGGCGCCACCUCCGCCACCUGCUAAUAACAAUGAGAUUAAUACCGAGGAUACUAAAGAAAGUAUGGAUAUCGACAAUCCGGAACAACCGAAAUGGAAACGUGGACGGGUAUCCGGAUAUAAGGUAAAUAAGAAGCUGAAGCGGCUUAGGAUGAAUCAACGACUGAGGAAGGCUCUACAGCCUAAAAAUGCAAUUAUGGUAUUGAAUGAAAUGAAGACUGGAGUACAAUUCACUUUUCCGGAGUCACAAGCAGCCAUGCCAAAUUCACUAUUCGUAGUGCAUGCCGAGAUUGACGGGAAGACUUAUGUUGGCCAAGGAUUGUCCAAGCCACUUGCCCGACAGAAUGCUGCUGAGAAUGCAUUGAAGUGUUUGCUCCUUGAGAAAAUGACAACAGCCACAAGUAAGGCACGAAUUGAUGCAGAGUCGGACGGGCAACCGAUACAACCAGAAUCAGUUCAACAGAUUCCACCUGUCACAGAGGAAGGCAACGAAAUGGCAAUUAGCCCUCCGGAAACAGCUACUGAAGAACAAGACGAAGUUCCCUGGAGUUCUUUGGCUAGUUUUGCUCUAUACAAGCUUUUUUUGGAGUGGCAAAAUCAGGGCACUGUAGUCCCUGUACCAAGACCAGGUGUCUCUGCUGGGCGUGGUAAGAAGGAGCCAAAGGCUCCGGUUCAAAAAGAUUUACCAGUCAACGCGAUCAACAUUCACCCUGUCAUGUUGCUCAAUCAAAUGAAGCCUGGCUUGACAUAUGUGGAAGUUAAUCGUACCGGAAACCCACCAAACACAAUGUUUACUUUGGCUGUGGAAAUUGAUGGAAUUGAGUAUCCUGGUUCUGCCAAGAAUAAAAAGGAUGCUAAGAAAAUGGCGGCUAAAACAGCUUUGUCAGCGCUUUACGGUUUGAUAUAUCCUGAAGAAACAAAGAUGGAUCAUACAGAAGACAUGAUGUGUUGAAUUCUUUUACAAACAUCUUGUUGAGGUGAUUCGAUUUUCCAUUUUACACUUGACUCUCUUUUUCUUUUGCUUGGCAUCGACGUUUAUGUAGAUUGUAGAACAACUCUGUGUUCAUUUGACACCAGAGAUUGUUCAAAACGUGAGUAGUACAAAGGCAUUUAUGUUAAUACCAAAUCAUCCGUUAAAUUGAUCCACUUUUAUUCUGUUUAUUUGCUAUUUUAUUAGCAAGUACUCUACUUUUAUUGCGUUACUUUAAAUUUUAACACAAGAAAGUAUUGAAAUUAGGUACGUAUUUUAUCGAAUACGAUAAUAUUACAUACGAUAUAUAAUAAUUAAUAGCUUAAGGACACCUAAUUCUUGCGAUGUUCAGCAUAGAAUAUUAUCAUUGUGCCGAAACCUGCUUUUACUUUUCUCACAUCAUUUUCUUUUGGAAAAACUUAUUUCACUCAUUUUUACCGCUCAUUGACAAAGAUAAUGUAUUGAAAUGUAAUUCAUUAUACUAUUAAUUACUGUUGACUGUAAAUCACAUAUUAAUGCCAAAUACAACUUACAACAAU